AUGGAUAACAAGAAGGGUACUGUUUUGUCAGUGGAAACAUGUAUGGACUGUUUUGAUGUCUUCGAAACUCCAACGGACACGACGAUAUUUCCUUUGUAUUUCGGAAAUGUUUCCGGCUGGCAAAAAAACAUCACCCCGCCGUUUAAACCUGGAGAACGAUCAAGUUCGCCAGUACUUCUGAUCCUCUUGUCGGUUUUAUUCUUUGUGAUAGGUGUUACAGGGAUUUGUGGUAAUGCUUUAGUGGUCUUCGCUGUUAUGCUUAACAGAAAGAUGAGAACAUCAAUGACAAACUUACUGAUAACUAAUCUAGCUUUUGCUGACCUUGUUAUCAUGAUCCUGGGCAUUCCAGAGACUGUGCAGUUUAUGAUGGACCGAGGGUGGACGUUACAGGCAGUGUGUUGUAAGAUAAACCGUUACGUGCUGGUGACCGCUUUAUACGGGUCCGUCCUGACUCUCAUGGCCCUCUGUGUGGAAAGAUACGUUGCGAUCAUUCAUCCAAUCAAAGCCCACAUUGUUUGUAACAAGCGCCGAAUCGUCGUUAUUCUUGGAUGCAUAUGGCCGUGCGCAUGGGCAGCAGGACUUCCGACUUUAAUAUUCAACGAAGUCCGACAGGGCCAUCCUCACAUACCAGUGCUGUACUGUAUGAUGGUGUUUCCCGAUAACCACAUAUUUUACUUUAAAGUAUUUAAAUAUAUUGAGUCGGUUCUGUUUUAUUUCAUGCCGUUGUUGAUACAGAUAGUGUUAUACGCCUUCAUCACGAAACAUCUAUUCCUGGGAUCGGACAGACUCCAUCGAAGGGUAACAGUUCGUCAGGUGAACGGGUCAUCCAUGGAACGGUUCUCAGAGGCGCUACAAGCGCGGAGGGGCGUGGUUAAAAUGUUGAUGUUGAGUGUGAUUGUUUAUUUCAUAAGUUACUCUCCCAAUCAGAUCUUACUGAUCUGUAACACAGUUUCCCCAACAACGUUCCAUGAAAACUUUUCUUUUCAAGUGUUUACAAUGGUCAUAGCUAAUCUGAAUUCUGCAGCCAAUCCGAUUCUGUACAGUAUAUUUAGUCAGAACUUCCGGCAGUGUUUUCGAUAUAUGAUGUGUGGGUUAUGUGUUAGACGACCAAAACCAAAACCUACACGACAGUUGACGCUUACAUCGAAUGGCUCGAGACUCUGGAGACAUACAAGCAUGGCGUCUGCUGCUUCCACAGAAGUGUAA